CCAAACAACAGCACACUGGGAAACUUGAUCAGUUGCCAGUUCUCUUCAGACGCCAGACUGAGUCUCUCUUCGUUGAGGUCAAUUCGAUCAGAUUGAACGACUUUUCAGCGGCAAGUCAGUCGGAACUAACAUAUUUUGAGUAACGUAGACGAAGUCGACGAGCUAUGAAGUUAGCGAAGUCAAAUACAGCGUUCAUCUGGUUGGUAUUUUGUGCAGUUUCUCUACACAUGAACCUCGUUUCGUCUAAGAUCAGGAAACACUACAUCGCAGCAGUUGAACGAAGGUGGAACUAUGCUCCGAGUGGCUACAACAACGUGAAAGGGUUGAAGCUUGACGAAGAUAGGUGAUUACGGUAUUUUCUUUAAUUUUACGUGAACGCACGCGGUUAGAUUUCGAGAGAAGUAACAUGCAAGCUUCCGCCUCAUAUCAUGAUCAUGAUCAGGCUAUUACUAAUGUUGUAAGAUAUUUUCCUGAGAAGCGAUUUAUAACACCGCUCGCGGUGCAAUAAUUCCCUUCCCUGAAAUUUCUCAUCCAUGACACAUUUCACGUUCAAUUGACGUGGGAAAUGAUAAUUACACGUGGUAUUCGCCGUGUUAUUCGAGUUCAAAGUUGCGAUUUUUCAUACACCUUCGAUCAUUUCAUUCCCUGUAGCUCAAUACCAUACACAAGGAGACCUUCAAUUUCUUUUAUAUGCAAAUCUACGGUGAAAAAAAUUGCGUGACGGUGAUAUUGCAUAACAAAUCGAACUCUUCUUAUAAAUAAAGUUUUCGAUAGAGAGCUGUAAAUGUGAUUUUACAACUCAGUAAUAGCGUAAAAUUACAAGGUGUCGUCUUUGAUUAGAUUUCUCCUGAUUGUGCAAAAUCUUAGCAUAACACUAGCAUGACACUUCUCCAAGCAACAUUUUUCCUUCUGUUCAACAUGCAACCCCAUGCCCCUACGAGGAAAAUGUUUUCAGUAUUCGAAUAAAGCGUUCGACGGGUCGUGACGGAAUCAGUUGGGGGGAAAUCUCUUUAAUGCUUCGGGUCAUUUUAGUCCUUCCAGCUCCAAGCAAUCGUUGGUGAGACCUUUUCCUUGCAAGUCGAGUGAAGUGCGCGCGGCUAGAAGUACUUUGAGCCUCUCAAACGAAAGCUGAAACGCACUCAGUUGCUUCCGGUUGAAAGGGAAUAUAAACCGUAUACAUUGCAGAGAAUAUAGAGAUCAUGUGUAGUGUCACGUGACUUUCGUUGUAGACAAACCGCGAAAGUUUGGACAUUGAGUCAACCACCCUCUACCCUUGUACGAACUUCGGCUUCGGCAUUUUGUUGUUAAUAAUUUCCAAUGUCGUGAAGAAUUUCCAUGCUCAAAAUUGACUUUUUUUGUAUCAUAUGUUUGAUUAUUUAUCAAGCGAGUUGAUAUUUCGCUACCGCUAUAGUAGAUGCGAAGACUAUAGCAAGAAGCGUUCCAGCAUGGAAUAAUCAUACUAGUUCUGCGUGCGUACGGUGAUGUAUCUGAUAAGGUAUUUUCAAGAAGUUAAGCGCCUAGAUUGUCAAAUAAAACCACGUCUGAUGGGAAAUUAGUGCCCACAAAUCGCUGUUGAACGUCAGCAAGCCUUGAUUCCCAAAGUUAAAACAGUUUUCAACGCCAUGACCGCAUACGAUUUCGGUCCCUAAGUGCACCAACACGAUGGCUACAAUAAAGAGUGGCACUCCUAGUACUUGCAAAACGAUUCCCGAUAUCCCAAUCUUGUGUAAGAAACGCAAACGGCAAUUCGUUCGGGUUUUCCAUUUUCCUGGAGAAGUUAGACGAAAGGAGAGAAGCCAAAGGUGAAAAAGGUCAUGUGAUGGAGGUGACGCGUUCGUGUGCACGGAGGACAGCUGCGUGUCUACCAGGAUAAACAAGAAUAAACCAGAGAUCUUCAGUUGGUAUUCCUUUACCACGUCUGUUUUGCCUUUCUCUGAAGGCUGCCCCUGAGCUACAUAUACAUGAACACCCUAUGGGUGGUUUAGUUUGGAAUUCAAACUUUUUGGCUACCUGCUUAGUACUAAGGUGAUAAUUUCUCGAACCUUCCAUUUUCUUCCCUAGAUCCAUUCGUUUUCUCAUACGAUUAUUUUUGGUGUCUGGUACACGUACAAACAUGUUCGCCGGCUAAUGCGGGGCGCAGUCGAUUGCUCAACUCGUUCCUUUUGCAUCCCGAAAGAAGCAUAGAAUGCGUUCUUCCAGCAUCGAUCGCGAUUGUUAUAACUGCAAUUGCGUAUGAAAGGUAGCUGUGUUCAGUAGGAUUUGGACAUUUUUAACCACCAACAGAUCUUUUCUCAAGAAAAUUAAAAUGGAACUGUUAUAUAAAGCUUCUGUUCCGCUCAGUGAAUCGAACCGACAUUAUUCUUUCAUGCUUUCUUCGUCUGAUCUCGAUCUUCUCCAUUUUACUAUUCAUCCAAACACUAGUGGGGUUGGGAGAAUUUGAGGCAACUGUAGGUGCCCAAGUUAGCAUGUCUAUCGAGAAUUGUCCCCUCACCCCCUCCCUCCCCGAGGGUUUUGAAGAAGCUAAGGGACCGGGGGAGGGGGUGGGUCGGAGUAUUUUGGUUGAGCCGCAAUAAAAUGUAAUGGAAUCUCUUAUGAGGCUCUGUGAUAUUCCUAUGAUCCCGACUUAUUUGUACUCAAUUUUGUCUUGUCCGCAUUCUGUAUUCAAUUGGCGACGACUGAUCCCCCCUCCGUUCCCCCCUGAAAACCAUGUGAUCCCCGCAAAAUCCUCCGUUCCCCCCGCCCCUUGACUUGUCACACAUGAACCUACAAUCAGCGACAAAGUUGUUGACACAUUGACCUUUUCAACACCCAACUACUUCAAUUUCAUCUCUUUUGCCCUAGUUGAAUAAACCUAUUCGCCCCGUCACCUCGAGGGGGGGGGGGUCUUUCAACACCCAACUACUUCAAUUUCAUCUCUUUUGCCCUUUUUGAAUAAACCUAUUCGCCCCGUCACCCCGAGGGGGGGGUCUUUUCAAUGAUAAAGAUAAUGUUAGAAACAGGAGUGUCAUUCAACUCAUAAAAUGAACUCUUAAACAUGAUGUAUAAAUUAAUUUUGAUGCCGAUUGUAAUAACGGCCUACCUCACUAUAAAGAAUCUCUGUGGUAAGGAUAUUAUAGUUUUGCCAGAAAAGCAAACUCCGUUGUGUUUUUUUUUUUCACUAUGAAGUGAUGCCGCCGUGUUCACCACAAGAGGUGCUCACACAAUAGGGAGCGUUUACAACAAGGUGCUCUAUCGUGAGUACACAGACGGUACCUACACCAAGGAGAUGGACCACCCACAAUACCUCGGCUUUCUAGGGCCCAUAUUGAAGGGCGAGGAAGGAGACACGAUUGAGAUCCACUUCAAGAAUAAAGCUAGAAGGAAGUUUUCGAUGCAUCCACACGGGGUCUUCUACAGGAAGGACUCUGAAGGUGCUUUAUACGAAGACAAGACCACUGGGAGCGACAAGAACGAUGAUCACGUGCCUCCUGGCGGAAGUCACAUAUACAGUUGGAAGCUAACGAAUGCUCACGCACCAACAGACAGUGACGAUGACUGUCUCACGUGGAUCUAUCAUUCGCAUGUGUUGCCUCACAAGGACAUUAACACUGGGCUUCUAGGUAAUCUUAUGUGAUAAAUAGCUCAAUGUAAAAUGUGUGGCUAAGCAGCUAGGUCGAAGAGUGUUAGAGACAAUCAAUGAGACAUUUUCAAGGAAAUAUCUCCUUCUUUUUGUCUGGCGUUAAAGCUCCAGCGAGAGAAACAACCAAACAAUUCUAGAAAAUAAACAAAAUUGUUUGCGGGAAGGACUGUAGGAGACUUAGAACUGACUUAUUGAAGAUUAUGUUUUAGACGAGAAAUUAAGAUAAUCUAGCCUUUUACCAUUUUUGACGGUGAGUCAGAUGACGAUGUCUUCUCGUUCAUUAACUUUGUGGUUCAAUGUCAGUAUCUUAGCAACUGCGCAACUACCCCUCCCCUAACCUAACAACAUUCAACUUAUAACAAGCUACGGUUCAUGUUGGGUAGGUACUAGCAUUGAUUCAACUUUGUCAAUUCAUGCCGUUGUCUGCCUUUAGUACGCGUUGCAUGCCUAUCUAUGCGAUAACCGUAUUUUUCCUUUAAAUUUUGUUUGAUUACUCAUUUGUUUGUUUAUUCACCUAUCGAUAUUUCCGCUUUAGUGAUUUCGCCCCGUCAAAUUGAAAAGACGUGGGUUGAUUGUGGAUAGCAGGUACAAAACUGUCGCGAUUUUGUUCUGGGCUGGCCUUCGCUUCAUGAAUCUUGCGCUAAAGCGUGGGAUUGUUACUUUAAUUAUUUCAGGAAUCAUGUUGACUUGUAAGAAGGGAGCUUUAUCUGACGAUGGACCCAAAGGAGUAGACAAGGAGUUCGUUGGUCUUUUCACGGUGCUGGAUGAAAAUGAAAGUUGGCUUCUUCAGAAGAACAUCGACGAGUUUUGUAAUGAUCCUUCGGGAGUGAAAACAGAGGACGAAGAUUUUCAAGAGAGUAACAAGAUGCAUGCCAUUAACGGUUACUUCUACGGAAAUCUGCCUGGCCUGGAGAUUUGUCUGGGAGAUUCUGUCAAAUGGCACUUGGCUGGGAUUGGAAAUGAAGUGGACAUUCACACUGGUGAGUUUGUCAAGAAGCUUAAGUAAAAGGGCUCGAAUCUUGUCUACACUCGAGUAAUGUUUAUGUUAAGACGUCGAAAGAAUUUUGCUGGCCCCCUCCACUUGAUAGUUCGCCUACUAAACAGCGUUCUCUUUCGAGCCCUCGUGGGACUUUGUGUUACUUCUUUGGCAAUAAAACUUGCUUUCUAUCGCUUUUCUCAAAUCAGGAGUACGAUGAAAUCGGUAUUUACAAGAUGGGGAACCUGACGAAUUACGUGAGUGGGGGAGGGGAGUCACCAGGGUUUUCAGUAACUUUUUCCAUAAACGGCUGUCGAUUGUGUAAUGAGGGUGUGCCCGGAAAAGGAGACGGGUCGGGGAACAUGCUCAUUCACAAACAAAUUAAAAUCUAAAAACACUGAAGUGUUAUUUCCAGCGUUCUGGGCUCCUGCUCGCUCGCAGGCUUAAGGGACGACGAUAGGAGGUCUUAUGGAAGGGAGGGAGUUUAGACCGCCAGUAACCGGCUCCAAUUGAAACCCUUGGGGUAACCUGUGAUAGACUAGUAUUCUUAGACAUCUUAGUCGCUUCAAACUACAGAAACCGUCGGAAGCUUUGGUCGCAUCAAUGGACUGAUACGACAAUAAGGUGUCACCAUAUUAAAGUGUCAACUUACACCAUAACCCGGCCAAGACUGGGACCCACACUUUUUGGGUAUAGAGCUCUCUGUUGACCAUUUAUGGACAAGUGGGUCCUCAACGAAAUAUAGCUAAUUACGUAGCAACUGUGCUUGUCCCUGGCUCUUGUUUAAUGUUUAUUAUUUUUUUCACAAAUGCAGCUUACUUUCACGGACAGUCGUUCAUUAUCGAUGGUCAUCGCAAAGAUGUAGCUUCUCUUCUUCCAGCAACUUUCGUGACGGCAACUAUGAAGGCACUGAACCCCGGAACGUGGAUGUUGAAUUGCCUCGUCAACGAUCAUUAUAACGCUGGUAUGUAUGCUUUGUACAACGUCACGAAGUGUGCUGGUAAGAGUGAUUACGUGCCAACGGUGAGUGGCGGGAAAACGAGGACGUACUACAUCGCAGCAAACGAGGUACCGUGGAAUUAUGGGCCAACUGGGAUGAACAACAUGGAUGGCCAGAGUUUGACGAAGCCCGAUAGGUAAACUGCCUCUAUGUAGAAAAUCUCUUCCCUUUUCAAAUUUCAAGUAAAAAUUUUUCUCUUCUUCUCCCCCUUUUGUAUUCUUUUUGUAUUCACGCGCGGCGCGCGUGAUUUCACAAAUUUGCCGGCAAUCACGUAAAAGAACUCUAACCUUGACAUUGGGAAACCGACGUGGACAUUUUUGGCGUACUUUUAGUUUGUUUUCGCGGAGUUCUAGUCAUUUGUUUUUUGAGCUUUCGUGCGCUUAAAUCUGUUACUCCUUUAUUUGGAAUUUUAAGAAGUUUCGGAGUUUUUAUUUUAGCCAAACGUGGUGGUUUAUUUAACAAGUUUAAUACAUAUUUUCUACGGAGUUUGGACUCUAGCCUCUUUUUUCGUAACUGGAUUUUUUACACUAUAUAUUGGCAGAGAUUUCAUUACCCUUAAACCAACGACGGGGCUAGAUUUUAGUUUACUGUAAUGCGCGAAUAGGAUUUUUCGAUUGAAUGGCGUUUGACGCAAAGCAAAGAAAUUAACGUGGCCAAUUAGAACAAAGGUAAAAUAUCAUAAGAAGUCAACGAGAGCUUAGGGUAGAAACAAGCGCGGUAAGGGCGAGCGACUAAAUCGUAAUUGGUUUCCGUGUUGCAUCUGAUUGUUUGAGCUUGAGGGAGGCGCGAGUUUUCUGAACCAAUCAAAAUUAAGAGUAAUUGACAGAGUGGGAGCGGACUAAAGCAAAACCAUUACAUUUCUGGAUUACUUUAGACACUUGAUUGGUAAUUGGUAUUUUAAAAGAUAUCCUUAUAUAAAUGUUAUCUCCGAAGGUUUCCCAAGCCUUGAUUAAAGACAUACAUAUACGGUAGUAUAGUUACUUGAAACUGUGGCAUACACAUGAAAACGCAUCGUAGAACUGUUUCGCACUGAAAUAUGAACGUUGUUCCAAGAAAUGCAUACAUUCAUCUACGAUAGCAUUUAUACUUACUUGAAACCGUUGCAUAAAAAUGAAUGAUGCAUGAGAGAUGCAUUCAUACAUUUACGAUGGCGUACAUACUUACUUGAAACUGUGGCAUACGAAUGAAAAUAUACCAUAGAACUGUUUCACACUGAAAUAUCAACGUUGUUCCAAGAAAUGCAUACAUUCAUCUACGAUAGCAUUUAUACUUACUUGAAACCGUUGCAUAAAGAUGAAAAUAUACCAUAGAACUGUUUCGUAUUGAAAUAUGAACGUUGUUCGAAGAAGUUGGCUGCAAUAGUUCUGCUUUUUUGUGUGUAAGCUGGGAAAAAGCCUUCUCUCUCUUCCGAGUUUGUCUUUAUUUGUUUACACUCAACCGUGGCUUCCAGUGUUCUCUUAAUAUUCAUCCGCUUUCAUUCGAUUCUUUCGUUAUGUAAAGUUGUUUUUUCUAGCAACUGUAUGACGAUCAAUUGGUCACACAUUGUGUGACGACCCACUACGAACACUGUUGAUAAUAACGCAUAUCAUUUUUCGUUUCUUUGGUCAGCGGCUCAGCUGUGUUCUUUGCUCAAGGUGUUCACAGAAUUGGUGGAACGUACACCAAGGCGUCCUAUGAGGAGUAUACCAACAGUACUUUCUCCGUGAAGAAGGAAAAACCGAAACAUCUCGGGUUUCUUGGGCCUGUGAUCCGGGCAGAAGUUGGUGAUGUGAUCGAGGUCGUGUUUAAGAACAAUGUAAGAAAGCUGGGAUGUGAUUUAUUUCUAAAGUGUUUAUUGGCUUUUGUUGAAAAACUAACAACUUUCAGGGAACUAAACGCUUUUCGCUUUUAAAUCAAACCAAGCCAAUUUGAAAUGAGGAUGCAAGUGACCAAGUCGCAAUUGGAUUAAGUUCAAGUCGAAGUUGAAUUGUUUGCGAGGAUGGCGCAGGUUUUGUAGACUGACUAGUCACAGAGCGCAAUGACGGAAAGGCUCAAUUAAAUAGUACUUCAAGGAGGGUAAACCCCCACCCUCCCCCCCAAAAAAACCUACUUAUUACCUAACAUUACAGAAUAAACGUCACAUGGGAAAACAGAGUUCUCGAGAAGUGUCCUCUAACGAAGACGUCUUCCAAUGUGUUGGCUGGCCAUUGGCUACCGCGUCUGCGCGAGUCGUUUGUGGGAUGAAGAAGAAUUUCUUAUAAUGGAGAAAAAUCUUUAAUUGAUAUUAGGCUUAUGUGGACAAACACCACUGAAUAACCCAGACGGAGACGAAGGUGGUGAAUUUCAAAUAGGAAUCACAGUAUAUAUACGAGUUCUUGAGAUAGUCUUCUCAAGUUUUCGGUUCCGUAUCCAGAGAAUAAAGGAUUGUAAUGUUUACCCACCUUUUGCCAUUGUUUCUUAGUAAGUUUUUCUCUUUGGACAGGCAACUCACAACUACAGUAUUCAGCCGCAUGGAGUUUUCUUCAACAAGUCAAACGAGGGAGCCUUGUACCAAGAUAGAACAUCCGGGGCUCAAAAGGCUGACGAUAUUGUGCAACCAGGCCAGACGUACACUUACCGGUGGACUGUGCCCGUGGAAGUGGGUCCAAGUAAGAGUGACUCUCAAUGCAUCACAUGGUUGUACUACUCCAGUGUGGAUCCUGUCAAAGACACUUAUUCUGGUGAGUGUGUAUUGAGUACUCUGGAUCUGAGGUAAAUGAACGUCAACUGUGUUUUCGGAAUUUUGAACGUGUCUACAAAUGAGUCAAUAAAUAAAGGGGUUAAGUUUCUAAAUAAACUGUGGUGUUGCGUCGGUGGGAGAGUACAUCAGGGUAAUGAAGUAUUAUCAACUGAGUUGAUAGCGUAAAUUGGCCACCGUAAGGGGUUUUAAAGCUGACGUUUCGAGCGUUAGCCCUUCUUCUAUUGCUCUGACGAAGGGCUACCGCUCGAAACGUCAGCUUUAAAACUCUUUACGGUGGCUAAUUUACGUUAUCAACUCAGCAGAUAAUACUAAAUUGCACAAUUUUGACUGUUUGAUUUACAGUUAUAAAAACUUUGGAAGGCGUAUUUUUUACUUAUAGCGCGAUGAAAUCAGGGCAAUUACCCUAUAAGGCCCAUUUUCUGAACAAUAAUUUGUUUCAUUUUCUUGAAAAUACUUCACUGUACUUUAUAACCUUUGGCUGCAUCAUUUUCAGAAGUGUCAAACCUUGAAGUGCCAUCAGUCUAAACGAUUCUGUUUUGGUGGCAUUUCGAAUGCUAAAUUUUCUUAUGUCUGUCAAGCAAAGUAGAUGCGACUUCAAUUACUUUUUUACGCUAUCAACUCAAUUGAUAAUACUUAAUUAUAAAUUAGUUAAUCUUCAGGGAUCACAUGGAAUUAGACUCUUGAAAACAUUUUUGAUUUGUGAGUAAAUAUUGAUUUGUUGUUGCUUUCAAGGUCUUUUUGGUCCACUGCUGACUUGUAAAAAGGGAUCAUUGAAGGACGACAACACACAAGAGAACAUCGACCAUGAAUUCGUGCUGCUGUUUACUGUAACCGACGAAAGCGUGUCUUGGUAUCACGAGGAGAACAAGAAGAGAGCGAAUAAUUCUGGUACAAUUGACGAUGGUACGGAAAAUAUUAUAGUCAGAGGAUCACCGAGAAUCGUCAGUGAUCGUCAGAGCUCGUUACUAAUCGACUUUGAUCGUCAGAGCUCGUUACUAAUCGUCAGUGAUCGUCAGAGCUCGUUACUAAUCGACUUUGAUCGUCAAUGACGUCAGUUGUCUUCUGUCAUCGACCUUGAUUGACAAUAUCGACCAUGAUGGUCAAUCGCUGGUUGUGUUCGCUUUUAAUCUUUAGUUAUCCGCAGAGAUCGUCGGUAAUCGGCUAGGAUCCCGAUCGAUAUCAGUGGUCUUAGCGUUCAUUACAUCGGACAUAAGUGAUUCUUUUUAUUUUCUUUUGUUGUCGUUCUUUUCGCAGUUCGCAGCUUUUAGACUUCCUAUUCCAUGAACAAAAUGGCAGCGCAAAAUUCAAUAACAAAGAUCAAGUUACAAUCUUUUAGAUCUUUCUCAAAGUCUGCCCUUCUCAGACUAGAAAGGCUUCCCGGUUCUUUGUGUAGAAUACGCACCAACAAUAAGACAGACACUGCAGAGAGAACCAUACAUACAAGCAGACAGACUCACAGAUAGACAGAAAUAACAUGGCAGUCAAAAAGGGAGGAAAAAACAGCAGUCAGACUAGCAAUGAGGCAGAGAAGUAGACGGACAUGAAUUCAUGCAGCUUUUCUGCGCGAAUUUGAUAGCUUUUAAAUGUGGCUCGUCGGAAUUCCUCAUCUCAAAUUAUAUAUUCUGCUUGGCUCUUGCAGAGGAUGAAGAUUACCUUGAAAGCAACCUGAUGCAUGGUAUCAAUGGAUAUCUAUACGCUAACCUUCCUGAUCUAGAAGUCUGUCUUGGGGAAAAAGUGUCUUGGCACUUGAUCGGCCUCGGAAAUGAAGUAGACAUGCACACAGCUUACUUUUACGGAAACACUUUUUCUGAAAACGGUCAGAUGAAGGAUACAGUCAGCCUCCUGCCAGGUAAUGAAGCAGAGAGAAAGAAGGAAAGCGAUGCUCGCCUAAUUUUUUUUAGUUUAAUUUUCUGCAGUGGGACGGAAAACGAUGAAACCAAACUGUGAUAAAUCGGUGUUUACUUGUGAAAUUGGUUUCUAUCUGCAAUUUAGGUGCCUUCUCUAUAUGUUUGGUUUUAACCUUGCUACACCUCGACGUGAGCAGAUUUCUUUGUUAUACCCCACCCACCCCCCGCGGAGUAUCGGUUAGUUUUUGCCCCCAGCAAAAUAUAUGUGGGGCGAAGAAUGGAACUGAGGGGAGAGGUCGUAAGAGGUCUUCACCAAUCUCCUCUCGUUUAUGCACUAGUCGACGUACUUUCUUUUACUCUGCGGAGAAUUUUGGAAACAAUCAACAACAGUCAGAAUGAAAUAAAUUAAAAAAAGGAAUUGAUUUCCACCAAUUGAAAAAUACUUUUCUCCGCAUAAUACUAAUCGAGGCGGUGGAAGGAUGAGAGAAAGUUACCAAACCUAUUUUAACUUAGUAGAUCGGAUUUUAUGUUUAAAUGGGAAACGAUAUUCACAAAUUUGAAAGGGUUCGCGACCAAAUAUAGUUGUAUUACCAGUGAAGCCGUUGUCAGUUCCUACCAGAUUUUACUCAAUCUGGAAAAGAAACCAGAGGUUUUCCGGGGUAUGGUGCUAGUUUUUUUGUUCUUUUUCAAGGGGUGUUUUCUACACUACAAAUGACUCCUGAUAACCCAGGAGAAUGGGCGAUAGUUUGUAGGACCAACGACCACUAUUCAGCUGGCAUGCAGGCGAAAUAUAAGGUGAAACCUUGCGGUAAAGUGUCCACCACAAAGCCUCCUGGGACUGUUCGACGAUACUACGUGGCAGCAGUUGAGGAGGAGUGGGACUACGCGCCCACUGGAAGAGACGUGUUGGAAGGGAAACCGCUGCAAGAUAGCGAGUUAGUAUACAGUGUCAUGUAGUGCACUGUACAGUGUUAUCUGUUGCGCUUGUCACGCAACACAGUAAUCAUUUAACCCUCCUUUCGAGGAAACAAAUGAGCGCAACUUCACGCAUUCAAUCCGCUUUUUAAUUGUGACCUCUUUUUGUUCUGAUUUUUUAAACUUAUUUCUAGAAAUGGAUUUUUUUUAACAAGGUCGAAAUCACUUCAAAAUAUGACCAAGGGUCUUUCGCCAAUUUCUAUCCUGACUGCUCACUUUGAUUUUAUAGGUUAAGUUUAGAAGCACAGUUUUAUUUUAGUUUGAUAGCUUGUGCCUUAUAGAGUAUCUUUCUAUCCAAAACACCGUUAAAAAGGUAAACAACUGAUAUUUGAUCUCAUGACACGUAUUUUAUCAUAUCAGUUCAGUGUAUAUCCUGAAACUCCCAGAGCGAUUAACAUUCAUCUUCUCCCCGCAAAUUCAGUAUAUUCACCAGCAAAGAGGUGAUGAAAUUAGAUACUUAAAACAUCUAGCGAAUGCCAAUGGAUUCAUGUAACACCGCCCAAUUUAUCGCUGCUUAAAUGAGGAAAAACUAAACGAAUCUGUGGGGUUAGGAGGUUAAAUACAAAGAGGAGAUUGAACGUGAAAAUAGGUGGUUUUUCUAUAUUUCAGUUUUAUAUAACUCCUAUGUGCAGUGUUUUGUAUGGCCAUAUGUUUUUCUCCCUUUGUCCACAGAGAGGCUGCUACAUUCACUGUCAAUAGCGCCAAUCGAAUUGGCCGUAAGUACAAGAAAGUUUUAUACCGCGAAUACACCAGUGCCCAGUUUACCCGACAGAAAACGAGGACCGAGGCUGAGAAGCACCUCGGGGUACUGGGUCCCAUGUUACACGCCGAAGUUGGAGACACAAUCGAGGUGACCUUUAAGAAUAUGGCCAGCAGAAAGUUCUCCAUGCAUCCACAUGGACUGUAUUACACGUAAGUCAAAACACUAGCUUGUGAUGAAGUUGUUGAGGGGAAGUAGUAUUAGUACGCCGCAUUUCAGUUCGAGAAGUCCUGGGUUUUAGCCUUGACCGGAUUAUUUUCUUUAGGGUAACUGAGAAAUCAGAUGGCAUGAAAAUUUAAUUUCUUUCAUGAACCUCGCAGGAAAAAAAACGAGGGUUCAAAUUAUGAUGAUGAGACAUCACCAGGUGACAAAAUCGACAACGCAAUUAAUCCCGGAAAAAUCUUCAUCUACAAAUGGCAAGUUCCUGAACGCGCGGGUCCUGGACCAAAUGGCCCAACCUGUGUCACGUGGGCUUAUUACUCUGACGUCGAUCCUAUAAAGGACACAAACAGUGGAUUGGUGGGACCGCUGGUCAUAUGCAAAAAGGUAAGUUUGGCCAUUAUUCUUCGCAUAGAACUCUGUCAAUCUUUAAAAAAAAGGGACGGAAAGGAGGGGGGGUGGUGAGGGGUUAAAAUGGUAUGCAAAUCUACAGAAUCGCGCCAACUUUUGGCCCAACUUAUCUAUGUACAUGCAUUUUCGUUCAAAUUUGUCCUUGAGUUAUUUUGUAUUCGCUGCUGAUGUUUGGGCAAGUAGCGUGCAAACGGUACAACACUUCACAAACUGAACUACUGAGCUGUCGGGUCAUUAAGACCUCGAAGGCCUCUCUUAGUGGACCAUGUUUUCUUUCUCAAAUAGGGGCGUAUCAUUCAUUCUUCAGGUCAUAUCUUUGCUAGUGUUUAGGUAACAAGGGGGAAAUUCCACUCAGUUUUAUCUUUGAUCAAACGACUAUUGUUUUUUUGGGAAAAAAAAAUUCAGGACACGUUAACAGCAACAAAUUCCAGAAGCGAUGUAGAUCACGAGUUUGCGUUGUUGUUCACCGUCCUUGAUGAAAACGAGAGUUGGUAUUUGGACGAAAACAUUGACACAUAUUGCAAGAGUCCCGGAAACAAAGACCAGCUCAAAGAUGACGAGGAUUUCCAGGAGAGUAACAAGAUGCACGGGGUGAAUGGUUUUGUGUUUGCCAAUGCGGACGGUUUUAAGAUGUAUCAGAAUGAGAAAGUGGACUGGUACCUACUUGGUAUGGGUAACGAGGUCGACAUGCAUACAGUCCAUUUCCACGGUCAAACAUUUUUACGUGUAAGUGACCAUGAAAUUUAUACCAAAAUAACUGAUAUAUCCUGGCCUAAAGAUAAUAGUAGCCACCUAUAUUCUUGUUGAAAUGUAGGUCUAAGCAUGGUUUAUAGAGCUGAAUGGUUCUGGCAAUUGCAAGCGAAAACCAAAAUCACAACGGUGUUGAGGUUUAUGUCGGUAGCCUCUAGACCUUUUCGUUUUUGUGUUCAUUCAUACAAUUAGAAAUUAGUUAAUCAAUUUGAUGUUUCCAUUUCUCAGCCAUUUUAACAUGAUUGGAAUGCUAUCGAAUAUUUUGCGCGAUCAAUUCCAAAACACCUGACAAAGACAGCAAAGAAUUCUGCUGGGUUCCAUAACCGGUGCGCUUCACCAACUAUAGCUCUAACAAGUUUUGACGUACAGGUUCUCUUGCUAAGUAAAAUUUCUGUGCUGUUUCCUUCAACGGCUCUUGCUAGAAAAAAAAUUGUAAAGUAGAGCUCAUCCGCAUUAGUGGGGAACUCAGAUUUAGUCCUUCUUCUCUGACCCACACCAGAGUUUUCAACUAAAUCUGGUUACCAGAUUUCUACCAUCUUAAGACCUCUUACUACCACCUGUUGAGCAACCAGCACUCUUUUUUUAUACCCACAAUACUAGAAAUUACAUUCCCGAGGUUUCCGACUUUUCUUGGGGAGCACGCUUCCAAACCUCCAUAUAGGAAAGGGGCCUCACGGCACCUUUUCUGGGAACAGCCGCGUAUUACACCAUCUGCAGCCACUUAUGGAAAACGUUACUGAUAACCCUGCACUCACGUGACAGAUGAAAAACGUGUUUGACUCGUAAGCAAAUUUAGCCUUUGAAUAGUCCCCUUGUUCAUCAAUUGGCAUGUAAAUUUUUGGAAGAGGGCACUUUUCUAAGGAAACUCUUCUUCUUACGAACAUUUCUUCAAAUUUUACCAAUUCAAAUAUUUUUCAACAGAAACAUGUCGGCUAUCACCGCGAAGAUGUUUACGAUCUCUUCCCAGGAGUCUUUGCUACCGUGGAGAUGAUUCCUGAUAGCGUAGGGGUCUGGUUGCUUCAUUGUCACGUGAACGAUCACAUGGUCGGUGGAAUGCAAACGCUUUAUACUGUUUAUGGUAUGUCUCAUUUCUUUUAG